AUACCGUAACAUUACAAUAAGGAGGAGGGUGGUCCUGCAGGCGUAAUGUAGGCGUACGCUUCCAUACAACAGCUGACAGUCAAAAACCCGGAGGACCGUCUGGGUGCGAAGCACAGCACAGACGAGGCGCUCCGGUUAAGUUGCCCACCGGACGGACGCGGGUUUUACGCGUUGGGAAGGAGACCACGGAGAGACGGCGCGGAGCUGGGUCGGUUUUGGAUCGCCCGUUUGGAAGUAUCGCUGCCGGAAACAGAGAAGCCAAAUCUGCUCGAAAUGCAAUCUGUGUCAAGUGGACGAUUGUAGUUGAAAAGUUCCCGCUGCUGGCAGAGAAGAGUUCAUUUUAUUUGCUUUUCAACUGGACCAUUGUCUUCAGGCAGCUGCUCUUUCAAUGUGGGAUACAGUUUUGUUGCUUUCGCCAGGCUGAAAUCCUCCAGGGUCAGGACCUCCCUCAUGGCAGUCUUCCUCCUUGGGCUGCUCCUUUUUGGAAUGCAGUCUCCCCCCAUCCCCUCCAGGCCCGUGGCUGAUGAGGAGCUACCCACGCCCCCCACCUCAUCACCCGCCGACAACGGGACCACCAGCCACCCAAACGGGACCCUCCAACAACUUCCUCAGAUUAUAAUUAUCGGUGUGAGGAAGGGGGGGACGCGGGCGCUGAUAGAGAUGCUCAGCCUGCACGGUGCCGUGGCAGCAGCUCAGAACGAGGUGCACUUCUUCGACUGGGAGAGUCACUUUCAGAAGGGCUUGCCCUGGUAUCUCAGCCAGAUGCCCUACGCCUUCCCCGACCAGCUGACGGUAGAGAAGACGCCGGCGUACUUCACCUCCAGCAAAGUCCCCAAACGUAUCCAUCAGAUGAACCCCGACAUAAAGCUGCUGCUCAUUCUCAGAGACCCCACAGAACGAGUGCUGUCGGACUACACCCAGGUCUUUUACAACCGUCUCCAGAAGCACAAGCACUACCAGCCCAUCGAGUCAGUUCUGGUGAAGGACGGCGAGAUCAAUUUGGGAUACAAGGCGAUCAAUCGCAGCCUGUAUUACGUACACAUGCAGAACUGGUUGAAAUACUUCCCACUGGAGAACAUGCACGUUGUGGACGGGGACGAGUUGAUCAGGGACCCCUUCCCCGAGAUGAAAAAGGUGGAGAGAUUCUUAAAGCUGGAACCGCAGAUAAACACGUCGAAUUUUUACUUCAACAAAACUAAAGGAUUCUACUGUUUGAGAGACCACGGGCGAGAACGGUGUUUACAUGAUUCAAAAGGCAGGGCUCACCCUCAUGUGGCGCCUGCCAUCCUGCAAAAACUCUACCAGUUCUUUCACGAACCCAACAAGAAGUUCUUUGAGCUAGUGGGUCGAACAUUCAAUUGGAAUUGAACGCUCGAGUCUCAGUAAUUCAGUGUAGGGUUGUUUGGGAAUAAUCUCCUUGAGCUGCCCUGUUUUCCUCACUAACUGCAGAUGAAGAGUCGAAGCUAAUGUAAAUUUAAACUAAAUCUAUUUUUGUACUAGUAUGUUUGAUACAGGAGUAUGAUGGAGCCAAAUAUCAGGGCAGAUGGCAGUUCAUGACAUGCUGUGUUAAUGCAUCUUUUGGUUUUUUCCCUCUUCACUGUCAAACAUAUGCAUAUUAUUCUCUCUGGCUGCUGUUCAGCUUGUCUGAUCAAAGCAGACGACAUAAUACUGACAACUGAUAAUGACAUUCAGACUUUAGAUUGUGCCAGCUAAUGUGUUAUAUAAAGGACCAGAAAGUUUACUGUUGUCAUACCUUCAUGUUUUGCUUCAUAUAAUAUGACAUGAUUAACAUCUCACUGUAUUUAGAGCUCUGAAGGACCUUUACCUGCUGCUAAUGAUUUUCUCAGUCACUUUCAGGCACAAGCUGUACUGAAUACUUAGUUGUUCUUAUUGUUACUCAAGUGUUUCUUUAAUGUAAGAAUCAGUUAUAUAAAUGCUCUGUGCACAUCAUACAUUUGGUGAUCAUUGCGGUGUACUGUAAAUAAUUUUUUUCAAAAAAAGUGAAGAAUUAAUACCAUAAUAAAGAUGUAUUUUAUUUUUA